CCCUAACCCUAACCCACCGCUGCACUAACACGGUAGCGGCAGUCAACCAGCGAUAACCCAGAGGCUUAUAUAACGAGUGGAACAGAUGCACAGCCCCUAUCCCUCAGUCAACGAGCUGCACUGGAGCUGCUGGGAAGCCGCAAACCGAAGAACACGCAGAGAUGUCCGCAUGCGAGUUUGAAUCGCUGGAGAAAUCUCUGGAGUCCCACCUGCCAGAGGCCGAGCUGUCGGAAGUGAAACGCAUCUUAUUCGGAAAGGACACACAGAAGUUGGACCUGCCUGCAUGUGCUGAGAGUGCUGCUGCUGAGCGUGACUUUGAUCUGAAAGGUUACAGGUUUGAAGCUGCACAGGAACAACUGAGGCAGCCAAGAAGGAUCCGUGUGGGACUCAUUCAGAACCACAUAGUUCUGCCCACUGAUGCACCCAUCCUGGACCAGGUCAACGCCAUGCACAGCCGGAUGGGUGAAAUGGUUGAAGUGGCGGCCAUGUGCGGUGUAAACAUUGUCUGCUUUCAGGAGACCUGGACCAUGCCCUUUGCUUUCUGCACCCGUGAGAAAGAACCUUGGACGGAGUUUGCUGAGUCUGCUGAAGAAGGAAACACCACACACUUCUGCCAAGAGCUGGCUAAAAAAUACAACAUGGUAGUUGUUUCUCCAAUUCUGGAGCGAGAGGGGCUGCACAGCACUCUGUGGAACACAGCAGUGGUGAUCUCCAACUCUGGUAAUGUGCUGGGAAAGAGCAGGAAGAACCAUAUUCCCAGGAUUGGAGACUUCAAUGAGUCUACAUAUUAUAUGGAGGGCGACACUGGCCACACAGUGUUCCAGACACAGUUUGGUAACAUUGCUGUUAAUAUCUGCUACGGGCGCCAUCACCCUCUCAACUGGUUUAUGUACAGUAUGAAUGGAGCGGAGAUCAUUUUCAACCCCUCAGCUACUGUUGGAGCUCUCAGUGAGCCCAUGUGGUCCAUUGAGGCCAGGAAUGCAGCAAUAGCUAACCACUGCUUCACGUGUGCAAUCAACCGUGUUGGGACGGAACAUUUCAAAAGUGAAUUCACAUCUGGUGAUGGGAAAAAAGCUCACCAUGACUUUGGACACUUCUAUGGAUCCAGUUAUGUGGCUGCUCCUGACGGCAGCCGCACUCCAGGGCUCUCCAGGACCCAUGACGGACUCCUGGUGGUAGAAAUGGAUCUCAACCUGAACAGACAAAUCAGCGACAAAUGGAGUUUUAAGAUGACAGGGCGAUAUUCUGAGUAUGCAGAGGAACUUACCAAGGCUGUCAGACAUGACUUCAAACCCAACAUAGUGAAGGAGUAGAUAAUAUUCUAUAGUAGAUUUAAGUAAGAAACAAACCAAGUUGUUCUUUUCUUUUUCCCUAAAGUUGGGGAUUGUUUUAUUAGAAAUAACCCCAUGCAAUGUAGCGUCUCUUUUUUGAGGGGUCCUGUUUCUUCUGCUUAGUUUGUCUAUAUUUGUUUGUAAGUCAGAUUGUUGGCCUUUUCUUAAUUCCAUCCCUUUAUGGCAGAACACUAAAUUCAAAGUAAAACCAGUGUUCUUUAUAAGUGGAUAACUUACUUUUUUUAAUUUCAUUGUUGAUCCAAGUAAGGUUGUAGCAGCUGAGUGCAUUGAAUUGAACAAGGGUUUGUUUUAUUGCAUAUGAAUUCAACUUUUAAUCAGUACAACAAACAAUUACGUGUCUU